UCAGCUGAUUGCUAUCGGCUUAGGUCCACCAUCAGCUGAAGUAGUUUAGAUUUGUUUAUAUUUGAAACUUAUCCUUUUUAUCAGUGAUAAUCAAAAUGUCAGGCCAUAUCGGCGAUAUCAAGCUGGAGGUGUGCGUGGACUCCAUACAAUCAGCUUUUGCCGCCGAGGCUGGCGGAGCAUUCCGGAUUGAGCUGUGCUCGGCCUUGGGCGAAGGCGGCUUGACACCCACUGUUGGCACUCUGAAAACCCUGAAGGAAACCCUUACACUCCCCAUUUUCUGCAUGCUACGACCGCGUCGAGGCACCGACUUUGUCUACAGCGACGAGGAGAUGUCCGCCGUGAUUGCGGACAUGGAUUUGUUGCGGGAAAACGGCGCCGAUGGAUUCGUUUGGGGAUCCCUGAAUCUGGAUCGCAGCAUCAAUGUGGAGCAGUGCCGACAGGUGAUGCUGGGGUCGGGUGGCCUACCGGUUACCUUUCACCGUGCCUUUGAUCUCACCGACCAGAAGCGAAUGGACGAGAACGUCCAGCUCCUGCGGGAACUGGGCUUUAAACGACUGCUGAGCAGUGGAUUCCGUCCCACGGCAGCCGAUGGUGUCGAUUGCUUGGCGCAGCUGAUAGCCAAGCACCACAGGGACUUUGUUGUGAUGCCCGGGGCCGGCAUCAAGGUGUCUAACCUGGAGGAGAUUCUAACGGUCAGCCGCUGCCUGGAGUUCCACGCCUCCGCCAUGGACACGGCCAGCGAGGACUAUGUUGCGCCCACCACCACUCGCAUGGAGUGCGACGUGACCAUGGGCAAACAGGACGUGGACCCAUACUAUGGAACCAAUGCAAACGUGGUGCGAAAAAUGGUCACCAUUGCAAAUGCCAUGAGCUGCCGCUGAAGAUCAUUCGUAGUUCUUAGCCUUAUCCUAAGCCCUAAUUUUAUUUCUUGACUAUAAACUUCGGUAUCGCCUAUAUAAUUUGUAAAUAGCUUAUAUCUCUCCCUACUACUUAAGUAGUCGUACCCCUAAAAUUCUAAAUCCUAAAAAUAAUCAAAUAAUCAUGCACUCUAACGGCAUGAUUGUGGAAACAAUAGAGAACCCAUCUACUCUAAA